CUACCCGAGUGGAUAAUCAAAAUGGCCGAGAACGAGCGCUGCUAUGAAGAGGCCAAACGUCAUGCUAAUGUGGAAUUAGAACGCUGUCGCAAUCAUAUUAGGCAAGAGUUUGAACAGAGGAGAAAGCGACAUGAGGAAAAGUAUCGGGCUGAGAUGGAAGCAUUGCGCCACAAACUCGACAAACGCCUGAGAGACCUUGAAAAUGCACAAACAGGGCUUGCCGUUGACAAACUUCGCCGUCUUUCUAUGGAUCAGUCCCUACGAUCCCGGCAAGAACGCGAAAAGAAGAUACACGAUAUGAGCGAAUCCACGCAGGAGGUGUUUAACAAGGAGAGGAAACGUUUCUCUGUUGGAAUCGAGCAAAUGCUAGAGCAGAAGCAGAUGGAGCAUCACGAGAUGAUGCAAAAAUUAACCCAACAAGAGCAAAAAGCACUUCAGCGGCUUGAAGAGAUUGUUAGUACCGCACAAGAUGGACCUCCACCUCGAUCAACGUCAAGGUAG